GUCGCCUCCGCAACAACUCACUGGUGAGCGUGCUUUUUCGUGUCAUUGAAUGGACUUGAUGCGCGUACUACAUGCCGAAGGCGCUCUCGCUAGGGCCGAGGUUCACUGCUUGCGCAUGCUGCACCUACGCGGUGUGUAACACGAUCACCAAUAUCAGCAAAACCCCUGAUCGUCAUUUCCAGCUCAUUCAGGGGUGCCAGACGCUGAUAUCCGCUAGAUUAUAUGCCGUCUCGGAAAUCAAGCUCCUCACCAACGGCCAAGUCACCUGACAAUGCGAGCCUUCGAUGGAUUACCGCCACCAAACCCAGCGAUUUCAAAUCAAAGCCCAAUAUGCAAGCCGUGCGCCAAACCGCGAUGGGAAGCUAUCUGAAAACAACAAAGAAAGAGGCCGGCGAGAAGGGCAGGGCUAAUAGCGAAGCCUCGGAUCGUUCGCGAUCGAGUUUUGGAUCUGAAGGCGCCACGAAAGAACGUACAUUCAAAACCCCGAAAGUCAAGGGGAAGAAGUGUGAUGAUAAGAUACAUCGGUUGUCGCAGUCUACGAGCAGCAGUCAGGAGUCUCCCCAACAUGACAUGCAGGUAGCACGGACGGAGCCUCGCCAAACAACCCUUCCCCAAACACCAAUUGUUAUCCCAGUGAGAAGUGGCCGCGUGUAUCCAUUCGACGAAUACCCAGUACCGGAUUUGCGCUGCCUUGGGAAUGGGAUCGACCCCUUCGGAACUAUGUUUCAAUCGAGAAAUACUCGCGUGAACGUCGAGAGGCUGAAGGUCGAAUGCUCCAAAUACUUCGGCACGAAGGGUCUGGGUAAACACUGGAUCCCUGAAUGCCUGAACUACGCACAUGCCUUCCUCAGCACCCUCUACAUGGCUUCCGCAUACGAUGAUGUCGUUCACAACCGCGAAAUAGAGAGUUUGGAAACUGCAGCACUGCGCCAAGAUGUUAUACAUUUUGUAGGUGGUCACCUCACCGACGUGGAGCAGAGUGUGGCAGAUCACAAUAUCAUCGCCGUCAGCCAACUCAUACUGGGAGAUGUUAUCAGCCGGGCCGAUAUAGGUCUACGCUACCACCAGAUGGGCAUUGCGAAAAUGAUCGAGCAGCGCGGCGGACUCCAAAACUUGGGCGUCAAUGGUCAGCUAGCAUCUGCAGUCUCCUGGGCAAACCUCGCGACCGCGGCUUUACAGGAAGCUUCGCCGACUCCGAUGUACGUCGACUACUGCAAGAUGAAGGCGGUAAAGGUAUACUCCUUGAUCGCUACGAUACCGGAGUCGCCACUUUACCAGCCACACGGCGGAUUCAUGACGAUUGCAAGAUCAGCAAGUUGUAAUCCAGAUGCGCGAACACUCCUGGAUGACGUUUACACCAUGAUGGAUGAAUUUCUCGACGCCCAUAGCUCAAAGCGUGUGGGCAGCUCUAACAAGUCACGAAGCGCCUACAACCGCAUCAUUCGAUCUCGGUCUGUACAAGAAUCUCACGGAAGAGCUAUUGUGAACAAGAAUGACUGGAAGUAUGAAGCGAUCCGCCUCGCCGCGAUCGUUCAGGCCCAGGCUAUGCUCGACCAAGUCCCCCUAUCAGAAGCGCUUAAUCGUGUGCAUUCACCGGAAAUACAACCGGUCAUGUACAGCUCGUCCAUGGCCUCACAAUCCAACGACUCCAUUUCCUCGACUCUGGAACCCCAAGAUGUUAGUCCGGCUACCGACCUUUCCGAGAGUCCAAUGUUUGGUUCAUACAAGGAAGGCUUUCCUUUCGACCACCGACCUUCGAACUCAUCCACAUACUCACGACCUUCUCUUUCGUCAUUGCAAUCAAGCUCAUCGGACGUCCACCUUCGACAACAAGUGCUUAUCAAACCAGGCAGUGGAGAGACUAUCCUCCGACAACUACGAGACGCCCUCGAGAAGUCCGACCUCUCAGACUGUUGGUCCGAUAUGGCCGGAGUGCUGCUAUGGAUAGGCCUGGUCAUGGGAGCCGCAAGCAGCAAAAGCAAAGACAAGAACCUGCGAAGACACUUCUCUGCAACGACUAUGCGCGCAUGCAUCAUGCUGUGCUUUGAGCAUCCUGAAGCGAUUCAUUCGACGAUGCUGAGAAUGACUGAUGUCAUUGCAGCCUUAGGAAGAAAGUCUGGUGAGGGACAACUGAUAAGAAACGACAGCUUCGUGUCGAGGAAACGAUCGAAAUUCUAAACCGCUAUCAUUUGCACAUCUCGAAGGAAACGACGUUGCGACAAGCUUUCUCCACAGUGGCGAUGUCUUUCGGCGUCUCCGAAUGCUCCACCUCGAAUCGGUAUCCGUGCUCAUAUAGGGCUGUAGGGCUCAGGCCCGGCGCUGACAAGGCGUGGCCUUACUCUCUUACUAUUUCGAAAACAUUCGUGGGUAUUUAGGGUUGACCUCUACUUUCUUUGUACGGAUGUAUAUACCUUCACCUUUACUGUACGAUAUCAUGGCAAGGCGUUUUCGGAGUUCUGUUGUUUACUUUUAGUCCGAAAGGUGGCGACAGACAUCUUUUUCCAGAUACACUCUCAUUAACUAUCAUUCAUCACUCAUCACU